GGCAGAGAUAGAGAGAAAGCCCUCAAGAUAUUUUUCUUUUUCGUAUCGCUUUCUUCUUGUUCUUCCUCACAAAAAUUAGGGUUUCUACUUCUACAUUACCAUCGGCGUUUUUUGCACAAUCUCCCUUUGUACGUUUUCUUUACUUUCAUCUCUUUCUUUUUCAUGGGUCUGUCUUGUUUUCAUCCCAAACCGAUUUCUGCAACUUAUGAUGCAAUUUUCUUGCUUCAUGUUUUCAGAUUUUUGUUUUACUUUCGUCUUGUUUUGUUAAUUUACGUAGAUCGUUUGUGUAUUGUAUUGCUUUUGUUUUUGAUGUAUCUGACUUUAUGCUUCCAGAAACGUUAAAUCUACGCAUGCUUUUAUCUGAUUAGGAAUUUGGUUGUGGAUAAACUGGAAAGAAGAGAGAAAGAAGAUUAAUUUAUUGGUUUUUGAUGUUGACGAAAGUUGGAGUUUAGAUUGGAAUCAAGAAAAUUUGUUUCUUUUUUGGGAAAUUUUAGAGGGUGUUUGGAGAAACAAUUUGAUUUCAGAAGAGACCAAGGAGGAAUUGAGGGGGAAAAACUAAGGGUUUGUGUUUGACUAUGCCAACUUCUUGGGCUGAUUCAGUUGCUGCAGCUGAAAACUCGGCUGCUGGUUCUUAUGGCAAUAAUGCUGGUGUAGGGAAUUCUUUGGCCCCAAACAGAUCAACUUAUGUUCCGCCACACCUUCGUAACCGGCCUUCUAGUGCGGAGGCUCCACCACCAGCCGCUGUUAACACUGUCCCUAGUUCCGCUGUUCCUGCUGUUGGUGGCGGUAAUCGUUGGGCUGCUCCUAGGAAUGACUUUAGGCCGGGGUAUACUGCUGGCGGACGUGGCGGUGGAGGUGGCUGGAACAAUAGGAGUGGUGGUUGGGAUCGUGGAAGGGAUCGUGAAGUAAACCCUUUUGGAGAUGAUGAUGUUCCUGAGCAAGACUUUUCUGAACAGGAGAAUAGUGGAAUUAACUUUGAUGCAUAUGAAGAUAUACCUGUUGAGACAAGUGGGGAUAAUGUGCCGCCUCCUGUGAAUACUUUUGCUGAGAUUGAUUUAGGUGAAGCACUCAAUUUAAACAUUCGGAGGUGUAAGUAUGUGAAACCAACUCCUGUUCAGCGGCAUGCUAUACCGAUUUCUCUUGCUGGCCGGGACUUAAUGGCUUGUGCCCAGACUGGGUCUGGAAAGACAGCUGCAUUCUGUUUCCCGAUUAUCAGUGGAAUAAUGAGGGGUCAAUUUGGUCAGAGAGCGCCACGGGCAGCAUGUCCACUUGCUCUUAUUCUCUCACCCACGAGGGAGCUGUCAUGUCAAAUUCAUGAAGAAGCUAGGAAAUUCGCAUAUCAAACUGGAGUAAAGGUGGUGGUUGCCUAUGGUGGUGCUCCAAUUCAUCAACAGCUUCGAGAGCUGGAGAGAGGCGUAGACAUUCUUGUUGCUACCCCUGGGCGGUUGGUAGAUCUGCUAGAGAGGGCACGAGUCUCUCUACAGCUCAUCAAGUAUUUGGCUUUGGAUGAGGCUGACAGAAUGCUAGAUAUGGGUUUUGAACCACAAAUAAGGAAGAUCGUGCAACAAAUGGACAUGCCCCCACCAGGUGUCAGACAGACAAUGUUAUUCAGUGCCACUUUCCCCAAGGAGAUACAGAGACUGGCCUCUGAUUUUCUUGCAAACUAUAUAUUCCUGGCUGUGGGAAGAGUUGGUUCAAGUACUGAUCUGAUUGUACAAAGAGUUGAGUAUGUACAAGAAAGUGACAAGAGAAGCCAUCUCAUGGACCUCCUUCAUGCGCAAAGGGCCAAUGGUGCUCAUGGAAAGCAAGCUCUUACGUUGGUUUUUGUUGAGACUAAGAAGGGUGCUGAUUCACUGGAAUAUUGGUUGUGCAUGAAUGGCUUCCCUGCUACCACUAUUCAUGGCGAUAGAACACAACAGGAACGUGAGCAGGCUUUGAGAUCAUUCAAAAGCGGCAAUACCCCGAUUUUGGUUGCAACAGACGUAGCAGCACGUGGUCUUGAUAUUCCACACGUUGCUCAUGUGGUCAAUUUUGACCUUCCAAACGACAUUGAUGACUAUGUCCACCGUAUAGGAAGAACCGGGCGUGCAGGAAAGUCGGGGCUAGCCACCGCCUUCUUCAAUGACAACAAUGCUUCCAUGGCAAGACCAUUAUCAGAUCUCAUGCAAGAAGCCAACCAAGAAGUUCCAGCUUGGCUCGCUCGUUAUGCAGCUCGUGCUUCGUAUGGUGGAGGCAAGAACCGCCGUGGUGGAGGUCGGUUCGGCGGCCGUGAUUUCCGAAGAGACUCUUCAUUCAGUAGGGGCGGCGGCGGUGGUGGUGGAGAUUAUUACGGUGGAGGGAACAUGAACAGUGGUUAUGGCGGCCCUGGUGGUGGAUAUGGCGGAGGAUAUGGAGCUCCUGGUGGUGGGUAUGGCGGCGGCGGCGGCGGAGGCGGAGGUUAUGGCCCUGGUGUCGCCAGUGCCUGGGACUGAGUUUGAAAUAUAACGUAAGAGAUUUUAUAGCGGCAGGCAGGCGGUUGUUUUGGUCUACUAUUUGUUCUUUUACCCUUUAUGGGCAAGGUUAAGAUGAAGUUAGUAGUUUUAUAUGUGCACCAAGGAUAGAAAUGUGUAAUACUAAUACUUGCAGCAGGUGGUAGAUAACAUCUACUAACAGAUUAGGAGUUAAUUUUCGUGGUUAAAUUUGGUGGUCGAUGGGUUGUGGAAUUGGUCUGGUGGUCAUGUAUACGAUAAACGUUUAUUUCUGCAACCCGUUUCGAGGGUCUGUAGAUUAUUUGUGGCUUUCGCAUCGCCUUUUUCUGCAGAGGCCUCCUAUGCUUAAAUCAAAUCAAAGUGUGCUUCU